GGUCCUUUAAAGAUGGAGGCAGACUGUCAGAGGAAUUGGCACAAAAGCAGAGGUCACACAUACACACAGGGGGAUAGAGAGAGAGAGAGAGAGAGAGAGGAAGAUGUUACACUGCUGGCUUUAAAGAUGGAGGAAGUGGCUAUUAAGUCAAGCAAGGCAUGCAACCUCAAAAGCUCCAAAAAGCAAGGAAAUGACCUUCAGAAGGAAUUCAACCUUAUAUUCCUUGCUGACCCAUUUUAGACUUUUGACUAUCUGAACUUUAAGUUAAUAAAGUGCUGUUGUUUUAAGCCAAUAAAUUGGUGGUUAUUUGUUACAUCGGCAAUAGGAAACUGGUAUAAUGAUUUUUCAAUGAAAAUUUAGACAAGAUUAGAAAAAAAAAAGAAUAAAAAGGAACAAACAAAGCCUCCGAGAACUAUGGGACUGUGUAAAUAGACCAAACCUAUGACUAAUUGGAGUACCUGAAAGAGAUAGGGAGAAUGGAUCAAAGUUGGAAAACACACUGUAGGAUAUCCUCCAGGAGAACUUCCCCAACCUAGCAAGACAGACAAUUUUCAAAUUCAGGAAAUCCAGAGAACCCCAAUAAGAUACUCCUUGAAAAGAUCUACCCCAAGACACAUAAUCAUCAGAUUCUCCAAGGCUGAGAUGGAGGAAAAAUUGUUAAGGUCAGCCAGAGAGAAAGGCCAGGUCACCUACAAAGGGAAACACAUCAGACUAACAGCGGACCUCUCAGCAGAAACCCUGCAAGCCAGACGAGAUUGGGGGGCAAUAUUCAACAGUCUUAAAGAAAAGAAAUUCCAACCCAGAAUUUCGUAUCCAGCCACAUUAAGCUUCAUAAACAAAGGAGAAAUAAAAUCUUUUUUCAGACAAGCAAAUGCUGGGGUAUUUUGUCACCACCAGAGACCUGUCUUGCAAGAGCUCCUGAAAGAAGCAUUAAACAUGGACAGGAAAAACCAUUACCAGCCACUACAAAAAUACAUUGAAGUACACAGACCAAUGACACUAUGAAGCAGCUACAUUAACAAGUCUGCAGAAUUAACCAGUCAGCAUUAUCAUGACAGGAUCAAAUUCACACAUAACAAUAUUAACCUUAAAUGUAAAUGGGCUAAAUACCCCAAUUAAAGGAUUCAGAAUGGCAAGCUGGAUACAAAGACAAGACCCAUCACUGUGCUGUAUUCAAGAGACACAUCUCAUGUGCAGAGAUGCACAUAGACUCAAAAUAAAGGAAUGGAGAAAAAUUUACCAAGCAAAUGGAAAGCAUAAAAAAGGGGUUGCAAUCCUAGUUUCUAACAAAAUUUUUUUUGACUUUAAACCAAAUUUUUUUUGACUUUAAACCAACAAAGGUCAAAAAAGACAAAGAAGGGCGUUACAUAAUGUUAAAGGGUUCAAUUCAACAAGAAGAGGUAACUAUCCUAAAUAUAUAUGCACCCAAUACAGAAGCACCCAGAUUUAUAAAACAAGUUCUUAGAGACCUACAAAGAGACUUAGACCCCCACAUAAUAAUAGUGGGAGACUUUAAUACCCCACUGUCAAUAUUAGAUGGAUCAAUGAGACAGAAAAUUAAUAGUUUAGACAGAUCAAUGAGACAGAAAAUUAACAAAGAUAUUCAGGGCUUGAACUCAGCUCUAGAACAAGUGGACCUGAUAGGUAUCUACAGAACUCUCCACCUAAAGGCAACAGAAUAUACAUUUUUUUUGACGUCACAUGGCACUUACUCUAAAAUUAAUCACAUAAUUGGAAGUAAAGCACUCCUCAGCAAUGCAAAAGAACUGAAAUAAUAACAGUCUCUCAGACCACAGCACAAUCAAAUUAGAACUCAAGAUUAAAAAGCCCACUCAAAACCACACAACUACAUGGAAAUUGAGCAAUCUGCUCCUGAAUGAAUGACUCCUGGGUAAAUAAUGACAUUAAGGCAGAAAUCAAGAAGUUCUUUGAAAUCAAUGAGAACAAAGAAAUAAUGUAUCAGAACCUCUGGGAUGCAGGUAAAGCAGUGUUAAGAAGGAAAUUUAUAGCGCUAAAUACCCACAUAAAAAAUCUAGAAAGAUCUCAAAUUGACACCCUAACAUCACAACUAAAAGAACUAGAGAAUGAAGAGCAAACAAAUUCCAGAGCUAGCAGAAGACAAGAAGUAACUAAGCUCAGAGUGGAACUGAAGGAGAUAGAGUCAUGAAAAACCCUUCCAAAAAAAUCAAUGCAUCCCGUAGCUGUUUUUUUUUAAAUCAAUGAAAUAGACCACCAGCGAGACUAAUAAAGAAGAAAAGAGAGAAGAUUUCAAAUAAACACCAUCAGAAACGAUAAAGGGGAUACCACUACUGACGCCACAGAAAUACAACCAACCAUCAGAUAAUACCAUAAGCACCUCUAUGCAAAUAAACUGGAAAAUCUAGAAGAAUGGAUAAAUUCCUGCACUCAUAAACACCCUACAAAGACUGAACCAGGAAGAAGUUGAAUCCCUGAAUAGACCAAUAACAAGUCCUGAAAUUGAGGCAGUAAUAAAUGGCCUACCAAUCAAAAAAAGCCCAGCUCCCAAUGGAUUUACAGCUGAAUUCCACCAGAGGCACAAAGAGGACCUGGUACCAUUCUGAAACGAUUCCAAACAAUUAAAAAGGAGAGAUUUCUCCCUAACCCAUUUUAUGAGGCCAGCAUCUUCGUGAUACCAAAACCUGAUGGAGAUACAACAAAAAAAGAAAACUACAGGCCAAUAUCCCUGAUGAACAUCAGUGCAAAAAUUCUCAGUAAAAUACUGGCAAAUUGAAUCCAGCAGCACAUCAAAAAACAUCCACCAUGAUCAAGUUGGCUUCAUCCCCGGGAUGCAAGGCUGGUUCAACAUACACAAAUCAAUACAUGUCAUUCAUCACAUAAACAGAACUAAAGAUAAAAACCACAUGAUUAUCUCAAUAGGUGCGCAAAAGGUCUUCAAUAAAAUUCAACAUCCCUUCAUGUUAAAAACUCUCAAUAAACUACGUAUUGAAAGAACAUACCUCAAAAUAAUAAGAGCCAUUUAUGAUAAACCCACAGCCAGCAUCAUACUGAAUGGGCAAAAGCUGGAAGCAUUCCCCUUGAAAACUGGCACAAGGCAAGGAUACCCUCUCUCACUACUCUUAUUCAAUGUAGUAUUGGAAGUUCUGGCCAGGGCAAUUAGGCAAGAGAAAGAAAUAAAGCGUAUUCAAAUAGGAAGAGAGGAAGUCAAAUUUUCUUUGUUUGCAGAUGACAUGAUCCUAUAUCUAGAAAACCCCAUCAUUUCAGCCCAAAAGCUUCUUAAGCUGAUAAGCAACGUCAGCAAAGUCUCAAGAUACAAAGUCAAUGUGCAGAAGUCACAAGCAUUCCUAUACACCAACAACAGACAAGAAGUAACCCAAAUCAUGAAUGAACUCCCAUUCACAAUUGCCACAAAGAGAAUAAAAUACUUAGGAAUACAGCUAACAAAGGAAGUGAAAGACCUCUUCAAGGAGAACUACAAACCACUGCUUAUAGAAAUCAAAGAGGACACAAGCAGAUGGAAAAACAUCCAGUGCUCAUGGAUAGGAAGAAUCAAUAUCAUGAAAAUGGCCAUACUGCCCAAAGGAAUUUAUAGAUUCAAUGCCAUUCCCAUUAAACUACCAUCGACAUUCUUCACAGAAUUAGAAAAGACUAAUUUAAAAUUCAUAUGGAACCAAAAAACAGUUCACAUUGCCAAGACAAUCCUAAGCAAAAAGAAGAAAGCUGGAGGUAUCACACUAUCCAACUUCAAACUAUACUACAAGGCCACAGUAAAAAAAAAAAAAAAAAAAACCAGCAUGGUACUGGUACAGAAACAGGCACAUAGACCAAAGGAACAGCAUGCAGAGCUCAGAAAUAAAACUGCACAUCUACAACCAUCUGCUCUUCGACAAACCUGACAAAAACAAGAAUGGGGAAAGCACUCCCUAUUUUAAAAAUGGUACUGGGAGAACUGGCUAGCCAUAUGCAGAAAAUUGAAACUGGAUCCCUUCCUUACACCGUAUACAAAAACUAACUCAAGAUGGAUUAAGGACUUAAAUGUAAAACCCAAAACUAUAAGAACCCUAGAAGAAAAUCUAGGCAAUACUAUUCAGAACAUAGGCAUGGGCAAAGACUUUAUAAUGAAAUUGCCAAAAGCAAUGAAAACAAAAGCAAAAAUUGACAAAUGGAAUUUAAUUAAACUAAAGAGCUUCUGCACAGCAAAUUAAACUAUUAUCAGACCAGACAGACAGCCUACAGAAUGGGAGAAAAUUUUUGCAAUCUCUCCAUCUGACAAAGGGUGAAUAUCAAGAAUCUACAAGGAACAUAAGCAAAUUUACAAGAAAAAAAAAACCCCAUUAAAAAGUGGGCAAAGGAUUUGAACAGACACUUCUCAAAAACAGAUACAUGCAGCCAGCAAACAUGAAAAAUAGCUCAACAUCACUGAUCAUUAGACAGAGGAAAUCAAAACCACAAUGAGAUACUACCUCACGCCAGUCAGAAUAGCAAUGAUUAAAAUGUCAUGAAACAACAAAUGCUGGUGAGGUUGCGGAGAAAUAGGAACACUUUUACACUGUUGGUGGGAAUGUAAAUUAGCUCAAACAUUGUGGAAGACAGUGUGGCAAUUCCUCAAAGAUUUAGAACCAGAAAUAUCAUUUGACCCAGUAAUCCCAUUACAGGGUAUAUACCCAAAGGAAUAUAAAUCAUUCUAUUAUAAAGAUCCAUGCACGCGUAUGUUCAUUGCAUCACUAUUCACAACAGCAAAGACAUGGAAUCAACCCAAGUGCCCAUCAAUGAUAGACUGGAUAAAGAAAAUGUGGUACAUAUACAUCAUGGAAUACUAUGAAGCCAUAAAAAGGAAUGAGAUCAUGUCCUUUGUAGGGACAUGGACGAAGCUGGAAGCUGUUAUUCUCUGAAAACUAAUGCAGGAACAGAAAACCAAACACCGUAAGUGGGAGCUGAACAAUGAGAACACAUGGACACAAGGAGGGGAACAACACACACUGGGGCCUGUCAUGGGAGGGUGCUGGGAGGAGAGCAUUAGGGAAAAGAGCUAAUGCAUGCUGGGCUUAAUACCUAGGUGAUGGGUUGAUAGGUGCAGCACACCACCAUGGCACACAUUUACCUAUGUAAUAAACCUGCACAUCCUGCACAUGUACCCCGGAACUUAAAAGAAAAUGUAGAAAAACGGGUAGAGAAGAGCGAUUUACAUACUUCAUUUUCCAAUUAGUGCAUGUGAAAAUAAUUCAUCUUGGUAGUAGUGUCCAGAUACUAUCUCUUCCUGUUUAGGUCCAGGAACAGUCUGCUUGUGUUUUUUAUUGUCAAAUGUGUUGUUCUCUAAUUUCAUCUCUCACUGGGAGAAAAAGAAUAACAAUACUCAUACUCAAAAUGCUGUGGCUGUUUAGAAUCUGUUUAUAUGAAAAUAAUAUAGAUCUUGCCUCUGCAGUUCCCUAAUACCAUUCAUUGAUGUUGUUUGUAUUAUUCGUGAUGCUGUUUCAUCCAUUGUGUUGCCUGUGAAUAUUGGUUUCCAAUGACUAAAGGUUUGUUAGUGUGCUUUGUUGAUGGUCAUCACAAAUGCAAGUGUUCCAUGGAGUAGGAAGAAAAAAAUAGGAAUGAUAAUUUCUGGUCAUGUUAAAUUUAUUUUUCAGAAUUUUAUAACUUAGAAACACAUCUUUCAGUUAUACUUUUCUUGAACUCAUUAGAUCAUAUUCACUGCAUUCCUAAAAUGUGAUCCCUUUCAACGUUGACCUCUCUUCUGUCCCCUAUUCCCCUAUACAGCCACCAGCAGAAAGGAGAGAUGAGUAAGAAUGUUCUCAUUGGCACAAGGAAUGUUUGUCCCUAGAAUGGCACAGCUUAAGACAGAACCAGGAAAUCACAGAUUUACCACAUUGAUCAGAAGUAGGAGAAGGCUUGAUUGGAAAGGCCCAUUGGUGUUGCUGAUCAACAAUCUAGAAAGCCCUUAGAGGACAGGCAUAGUUAACCUCAGAAAACUCUGUGACAUUAGCUAGUGUGCUUUGUGGAGAGAGUCAGGUUAGAUCUUGGGACAGCCCACAUACCUAGACAAACUUAGGCUUUCCAGCUUGCACUGGACCAGGGUGGAAAGAAUUCGGUUCCCUCAAAAUUAUAAAAGCAGGAAAGCUCAAGACAAAGAAAUCCAACAAGGCUAGUGAUUUCAGUGAUAUGGAGAAUUGGCCAACACCAAGUGAAUUAGUGAACACUGGAUUUCAGAGCGUCCUCAGCCAAGGAAAUAAAAAGCCACAAAAUAGAAAAGAAAAAGAAGAGAAGGUUGAAAAGAGAAGUAACAGUGAGAGCAAAGAAAACCGGGAAACAAAAUUAAAUGGUCCUGGUGAAAACGUCAGUGAGGAUGAGGCUCAGUCAAGUAAUCAACGAAAGAGAGCUAAUAAGCACAAGUGGGUACCACUCCACUUAGAUGUUGUAAGAUCAGAGAGUCAAGAAAGACCUGGAUCCCGGAACAGCUCAAGAUGUCAACCUGAAGCAAAUAAACCAACACAUAACAAUAGGAGAAAUGAUACACGAAGUUGGAAGCGAGAUAGAGAAAAAAGAGAUGAUCAAGAUGACGUUUCCAGUGUGAGAAGUGAGGGUGGUAAUAUCCGAGGUUCCUUUAGAGGUCGAGGAAGAGGCCGAGGACGGGGAAGAGGACGAGGCAGAGGAAAUCCUCGAUUGAACUUUGAUUAUUCAUAUGGUUAUCAAGAACAUGGUGAAAGGACUGAUCAACCAUUUCAAACAGAACUUAAUACCAGUAUGAUGUAUUACUAUGAUGAUGGUACAGGUGUACAGGUGUAUCCUGUGGAAGAAGCAUUGCUUAAAGAGUAUAUUAAGCGUCAAAUUGAAUAUUACUUCAGUGUAGAAAAUUUGGAACGAGACUUCUUUCUUCGGGGAAGGAUGGAUGAACAAGGUUUCUUGCCUAUUUCCCUGAUUGCUGGUUUUCAGCGUGUUCAGGCUCUCACUACAAACCUUAAUCUCAUCUUAGAGGCACUGAAGGAUAGCACAGAAGUAGAAAUUGUGGAUGAGAAAAUGAGAAAAAAGAUAGAACCAGAAAAAUGGCCAAUUCCAGGCCCUCCUCCACGCAGUGUGCCACCAACAGACUUCUCUCAACUGAUUGAUUGUCCAGAGUUUGUACCAGGCCAAGCCUUUUGCUCACAUACAGAGUCUGCCCCAAAUUCUCCAAGAAUUGGAAGCCCAUUGAGCCCAAAGAAAAACAGUGAAACAAGUAUUCUUCAAGCAAUGUCUAGAGGUUUGUCUACCAGUUUGCCUGACUUGGACUCAGAACCUUGGAUAGAAGUUAAAAAAAGACAUCAGCCAGCCCCAGUGAAAUUGAGGGAAUCAGUGUCUGUCCCUGAAGGGUCAUUAAAUCAGCUAUGUUCUUCAGAAGAACCAGAACAAGAAGAACUUGAUUUUUUGUUUGAUGAAGAGAUUGAACAAAUAGGACGAAAAAACACAUUUACUGAUUGGUCUGAUAAUGAUUCAGAUUAUGAAAUUGAUGACCAAGACUUAAACAAGAUUUUGAUUGUAACUCAGACACCACCUUAUGUGAAAAAACAUCCUGGAGGAGAUCGAACAGGCACCCACAUGUCUCGGGCAAAAAUCACAUCUGAACUUGCUAAAGUUAUCAAUGAUGGUUUAUAUUAUUAUGAACAGGAUCUAUGGAUGGAAGAAGAUGAAAACAAACACACAGCCAUAAAGCAACAAGUUGAGAACUUUAAGAAGCUAAAUCUCAUUAGUAAAGAGCAGUUUGAAAACCUAACACCUGAACUUCCUUUUGAGCCAAACCAAGAAGUUCCUGUAGCACCUUCACAGUCCAGGCAAGAUUUGACUGAUGAAUUAGCUCAGAAGUUAUUUGAUGUUUCAGAAAUAACUUCGGCAGCAAUGGUUCAUUCGUUGCCUACAGCAGUUCCAGAAUCUCCUAGAAUUCAUCCUACAAGAACACCCAAAACACCUCGAACACCUAGGUUACAAGAUCCUAACAAAACACCAAGAUUUUAUCCUGUUGUUAAAGAACCAAAAGCCAUUGAUGUAAAGAGUCCGAGAAAGAGAAAAACAAGGCAUAGCACAAAUCCCCCUCUAGAGUGUCAUGUUGGUUGGGUAAUGGAUUCCAGAGACCAUGGGCCAAGAACAUCCUCUGUCAGCACUUCAAAUGCUUCACCUUCAGAAGGCGCACCACUAGCAGGAAGUUAUGGAUGUACUCCUCAUUCAUUCCCAAAGUUCCAGCAUCCUUCUCAUGAACUUUUGAAGGAAAAUGGCUUUACCCAACAAGUGUACCACAAGUAUCGUCGAAGAUGCCUAAGUGAGAGAAAACGCUUGGGAAUUGGUCAGUCCCAAGAAAUGAAUACCCUCUUUCGUUUCUGGUCCUUUUUCCUCAGAGAUCACUUCAAUAAAAAAAUGUAUGAGGAAUUUAGACAACUUGCUUGGGAAGAUGCAAAAGAAAAUUACAGACCUUGCUUCCUUCAGAAAUGUUCACGGAAAGUCUUGAGAGUGCCUGUAGGGCUGAGUGAGGACAGACAAAGAGGGUAUGGGUUAGAAUGUCUGUUCAGGUUUUAUAGUUAUGGACUGGAAAAAAAAUUCAGGCAAGAAAUUUUUCAGGAUUUCCAAGAAGAAACCAAAAAAGACUACGAAUCUGGUCAGCUGUAUGGACUAGAAAAGUUUUGGGCUUAUUUGAAAUAUUCUCAAUCUAAGACACAGUCUAUUGACCCAAAACUUCAGGAAUACCUCUGUAGUUUUAAGAGGUUAGAAGACUUCCGUGUUGAUCCCCCUAUUAGUGAUGAAUUUGGAAGAAAAAGACAUUCCUCUACUUCUGGUGAGGAGAGUAAUCGUCAUAGACUUCCACCUGAUUCCUCUACAAAGCCACCAAAUGCUGCUAAACCUACAUCUACCAGUGAGCUUCAGGUACCAAUAAACUCUCCCAGAAGGAAUACUUCACCGGAGUCCAGUGACAAUUCACAUUAAACAGUGCUGCCUGUGUCCUGUGGUCUCAAGAAAUGGUGAAAUGCCUGAGAAAUAGACUCUUAUGAAAGUUCUUUGUCCUUGAAGUCAACAUUUACAUCAGUAUUUAUUUGGGGAAAAUCUUCUGGUGUUUAAUUGUGAUAAUAAGAAAGAAGAAAAAGAAAGAAAAGUGGUAGCAUUUUUUUCUAACAAGAUAAAUUCUAAAAAUGUUUUCCCUGAUUUCACAAACAAGGAUAGUCUUGGUGACCAAAUAGAGAUCUUCUAGUAAUGUAUUUUGAUCUCAGAUUUCUUUUUCAAAGCCAUGGUUUUACAAAAACAGCAUUCCUUAAAUAUAUUUAAAAAACCAUACAAGGAAUGCCUAACAUUUCAGCUCAUACUUCUUAAAGAAGAUAUAGUAUGUUGUAUUCUCUUCUUAGAGCUUUCUUAAAGAAUCCACAAUCCAAUUACCCCACUGUCAAUUCAUAUUUGAACUUACCAAAACAAAGGAGGAUUACGUAUAUAUUUUUUAAAUUCAAAAAAGAAUAUGAAAUUAUACAUUUAGUAUCCCUUUGAGACAUAUAGUUUAAAGAAAACUUUUUUUAAAACAAAAGUAGGAAUAUAUAGUUAAGAUUGUAGUUACAGUGAGUAUAUGCACUUUUGAUGCUAGGUUUUGCUUUUCUCCCCCCAGUCAUAUCUCAUGAUUUCCACAGUUGUUGUAUUGGUGUGGAGUUUUCUGAAUUGGCUGUAAGCUGAUUACAUAUUAGAGGUUUAUUUUUAUGAUUCUAUAUAAACGUGCACGAGUAAUUUAAAACCUGCAUUGGGAUUGAUUGGAAUAUUGUCCUAAGUUAAUUAAAUCUUGCACAGUUUUGAAUGCAUCUGCUAUUUAUACAUCUGCAAGUGGGUAUGUCAUAAGGAGUCAGAUUAUCUUUAAUUUAAAAUGAAUACUUAGUUUUACCUUUUUGUUUAUUUUUUAUUUAAUUUUGUUUUUAUAAAUUUUUCAAGAGUUAUAGCAAAUUGAUUUCUAAUUUUUAUUGCUAUUACAACUGAUGUAAAUGGUAGUUUCAGUUUUUGUGAGAUUUAAAAAAAUAAAGCACUUAUUCUGAAUUUUUUGAAUUGAUUUUUAAUUAUUUUUAUUUAGAAUAUAGUUGAAAAGCUGUAAUAUUCAAUUUUGCUAGUAAAAGACCAUUUUUUUGUGUGAAUGAAGUUUCAAUUAUAAACUUACAUCCACUUUAUUGAGCACUACAUAAUUUACAGAUAUUUUGUUGUAUUGGCAAAAGCAAGUGGUUUCCAUAUGCUAAAUUAAUUGUAUUUUCUUUUUGAGCAGAUUGGAUAUCUUGUUCUUAUAAAUUAUAAUAUUGAAAUACAUAUAAUCUUUGGAUGGAUGAGCUGUUAAUUUGUAAAUAGGUUUUCAUUAAGUUAUUUCUCAUGAUAAGUAAUAAUCAGCAGUUUUAUAAUAUUUACUAUUUGGAGGGUCAUUUUGAUGCUUUAAAUUGCAGAAAUAGUCAAAUUUGAAUAUUCAGAAAAUAAAUUUAUUUAGAUAUAUUGUAAAGAGGGUGCAAAACAAGCAAUGGGUUAGAAUAAUAGAUCUUCAAGUCUUUUCUUAAAUGGGGUAUGUAGUUCCAGCUUUUCAGUGAGAAAUUUCCAAACCGUGCUUAUUAGCUUUAUAUGGUCUCUUGAAAUGAUCAUAAAUUUUUCUCAGUGUCCUUUUUGUGUUGAACACAUACAUCUGAAACCUGUAUUUAACCAGAUAUUUCUACUCAACUGAAUAUACAAGUGUAAAUUUGAUUGGAAAAUUGUAUAUUAUAAAUGAAAAUAUAAUAAUCAGGAGUUUUGUGGUUUG